GUAAAUUAAAAACGGUGGCUGAAAUUAGUGCGAUAGAUGAAAAUUAUUGCUAAACGCAGCCUUGGAUAUUGUGUGCUGUGUGCGUGUGACCCAGCGAGCGUUGCCUGACUUUUGGGAACUGGUCGCUUGGACUUGGAUUUCGACUUCUACUCCGACUUGGAUGUGGGGAUGGCUAUUAUGUGGCUGCCGCUUCUACUGUGCGCAGAUUCAGCUGUGAUUUGAUUUGUUGUUGCUGUGUUACUCUGUGUUAACCAGAAGUUGCUGCAGUUGGAGUUGGAGGAGCAGCAGCGUUACAGUUCGAUAAAAUCGGUCAAUGGAAACGGGCUUGUAAGCAGGUGCAAUUGCUAGAGACAAGAGACGACAGAGGAGAACUAAACAUGUCGCUAAAGAAAGAGACGCCCUCGGACGUGCAGCUGCAUAUGGCAGCGAUGCGGGGAGAUGAGGUGGCCCUGCUCCGGCUGCUGGACAGUGGAAAGGUACAUGUGGACUGCAAAGAUGAGGAUGGGACCACGCCACUUAUUUUGGCUGCCGCCGGUGGACACACAUACUGUGUGAUGGAGCUGCUCGAUCAGGGGGCUGAUCCGAACACGCGCCGCCUGACGGGCACAACGCCACUGUUCUUUGCCGCCCAGGGAGGACACUUGGACGUGGUGAAGAUUCUGAUGAAGGCGGGGGCCAAAGUGGACACGGCUUCCGCGGACGGGGGAACGCCCCUGUUUGUAGCCGCCCAGGGGGGCCAUGUGAAGAUUGUGCGUGAGCUGCUGGACUGUGGAGCAAAUGUGAAUGCUCAUAUGAAGGACCGUGCGACGCCUGUUUUCAUAGCGUCCCAGAACGGACAUCGGACAGUUCUUUCGCUGCUGAUCCUGGCCCAUGCGGAUAUCGAUAUCAAGCGCAUAGACGGAGCCACACCGCUCUGGAUAGCCGCCCAAAUGGGUCAGGAUCACAUCUGCAAGGUGCUCCUCCAGAACGGGGCCAAUGUGGAUACAGUGCGCUGUGACGGCGCCACCCCGCUCUUCAAGGCCGCCCACAAGGGGCAUGCGGCGGUCACCACAGUGCUGCUCAAGUACCGCCCCAAUCUGGGCCUCCUGCCCAACGGGGAGACGGCCUUGCAUGCAGCAGCUAUGUUCGGCCACAUGACCGUCUGCAAGCAGCUGGUCGCGGCCGGCAGCGAUGUCCUGCUGAAGAACCAGGAGGAUCUGACGGCGCUGGAAUUGGCGCACCAGCAGAAGUACACCUCCAUCUGUGAUUAUCUCCAGGAGCGGGUCCGAGCGAUUGUGGCACGAAAUUCAAAAACGAUGGUCCCGGCCACAUCUUCGGUUACAUCUACAUCUACGGUCACGUCCAUGCCGGCGUAAGAACAUACACAUAGAUGACAAACAGAUGAUGUCUCCAUGCCUCCAAAGUACCUUUAUGCACAAUACGUUGGCCUUUUUGUUUAUGGUUAAUCGAGAGAUUAGAGGAAGAGCAACAAUAGAAGGGACUGUGAAAUAGUAUCUUGAACCCGAAAAUGGUAUACAACUAAUUAUGUACAUAUUUACAUUUAUAUCCAGAACAUGGUUUAAAUAUCAGAGAAUAGGAAGCUCGUUUAAGAGUCCCCUCGUUGUGUUGCACGGUGUAAACGGAGAGGCCCAACAGC